GAGGCACUCGACUGUUAAGACAGCCGGUCAGACCGCCACAAAGUGAUACCGCCAGACAGCCAGACAGCCGGACAGGUCUUUGGUCGCUCCGUCGAGGGAUUUGAAAAAAGGCCCCAUUCAGGCUUGGGAAUCGAACUAGCGGACAGCGUGCAAGAGUGUCAGGGUACAAGCGGCGAUACGAUGGUUGCCACGGCGAAAGCGGUGGUCUGUCUGUCCUUCUGGUUGAUCGUCUGUCAGGUCCAAGGCGCCUACAUCACUCAAGACAUGAACAAAACCAUCCAAAACCUCCUAAAGCACUACACGAUUGAACCGUGGAAGAUAUUCAACGGGACCCCGGUCUUCUCCAAAGAUCCACUCGCUGGAAAAAUGGAGGCAAAGAGGGUGUUUAUGGGCGGUGUUUUGGAGACGUAUGAGAAGCUGUUUGGCCUUAUGUUGAAGCAGCUGCCCACCCCGAGCCCCCAGACGGCCGGGAUCAACGAGCAUCCCGUCCAAGUGGCAGCGGGCGAAGACGUCAGGACGGACCUGAACGUCAUCCUGCAUAAGGUCCAGGAGCUGAAGAAACACCACUACCAUGAGCAGGAGAAGCUUCUACACAACCUGAAUGCUCUGAAACACAUCAAGAUGGAUGACCAUGAUGUCCAGAGCAAAGCAUUGUUGGAGCUGCCGUGGAUGUACGAGGAGGCGAGCUCAUUAUAUAACAUCAAGAUGGAGAGGAGGCGGCGACGGCGGCAAACCCUGAGGGUCAAAACCCGGAGGGUCAAACCCCGUCCGAGUGGCUAAAAAGAAAACAACAACAAGGAUAUUUAAUGACAAAUUGAAAAUGGAUAAAAUUACAUUAGGAAUAUUAUGAAACCAAAAAAUAUCCAAUUUAAACCAGCUUUCCAAGUUUGAAAUGUUUUUCUGUGUUAAGAGGUUACUUAAGAGAUUAUUUAUAAGUAGAAAGAUAUUUAUUACAGUGACAAUAAACCAGCAGCCUAAGCCUAAUAGAUAUUGUAAUUUUGUAAAAUUCAUGUAUUUUUUUAAGGAGAUUCAGAGAUUUAUACUUAAAAGAAGCAUGGCGGUUUGAUCCUGUGAAAUGUUUAUAAAAAAUAAUUGUAUUCAACUUGGAGUUUAACUCACUUAAUCAAUCACAAUAUCAAUCAAUUAUCACCUGGACAGACUUGAUUUCUUGAUUUUUACUUAUUUAAAAACUGCAGAUUAUUUAAUGCUCAGAAAAUUUAUGAAACAUUUACAGAAUUAUGAUAUUUUUAAUGGUCAGUGGUGUCAUUACUUAAAUGGUAAAAAAUACUGACAUAUUUAAAUGUACUACUUCCUCUAAACAUUCAAGUACUUCACUGCAGUACAGGUGCUCUGCAGCUUGUAGUAGAAGUACUAUACUCUUCAGGGAUUUUUGUAUUUUACUGACAUGUUGUAGUUUUCUAUAUUUAUUUUUGUAUUUAAUGUCUAUUUAAUAAUCAUACUGCUGUGAAUGUUGAUUAUUUAUUGAUUUAAUUUAUUGAUUGGCACAUGUAGAGAAAUGCAACUGAA